UUAUAGCGGGACUGCGGCGGGCAUUCUGACACUAGAGGGAACUGACUUGGUGUCACUGACAUCUCCAGUGACACCAAUACAGUGAUCAGUGAUAAUAAAAAGCACUGGCACUGUACUAAUGGCACUGGGCAGGAAGGGGUUAACAUGUGGGGUGAUCAAAGGGUUAGCUGUGUGCCGUGUGCUGUUUUAGUGUGUGCUUCACUGAAAGCACACUGCUUUGCUAUGGGGCCCUGUGCCAUGCAAAGCAGUGUACAGGAGCUGACGGAGAGCUUUUGUUUACAAACAGUUUUCCCCUUUGGAGAUCCUUGGCAAUCACCA